AAGAAACCAUUCUCAAAAUAUUUGGAGUCAUAUAACGACGGUAGAAACAUUGCUUUAUUAGUGCUCAGCAAACAAGCACUGCAAGACGAAAAAAGGGAAAGAGAAGCUGGGUGCCAUGGGGAAGCAAAAAAAGACAUCAGGAAAAGGCGACUCUCCAACGACAGCGCGAACUGGGCCUGCUGAUAACGUUCCACCCGCUGAACAACAUGCAGCAAAAAAGCUUGGAGAAUGGCUAUUGCGAGAUCGAUAUGUAUUUCUCUGGAUAGCGGCUUGUGCCGUACUAGGAAGUGUCGUCGGAUUUAUUGCUGGCACUGGAUCUACGGGCUUUUCGGCUGCCCCUGUAGAGCCUAAUCUACGACAACAGAACCUGGGCGAUCGGAUCCGUUCAAAUUCGCUUUUCCAACUCAUGACAUUCAAAAGUGUCUGGGAUGAUUGGCUCGAUCGUUUUGUAGUUUGGGCUAUAGAAACGGAACGGGAUUUAGAAGCUGCGGAAUAUGCUAGAAACCCUUCGCAUCCUCGCAUUUUCGCUGUCCUCCGCGAAGCGGUUGUUCGAGAGAAGGGCGGCUACGUUCAUCCCGACCUCGGUUUUUUAGUACCAGCGCCGUCAGGUGCGGCUCGAGGACUCGGUAUGGUUCGAGACAGUUACCAAAAGUGUCAAAGUCGGUGUCUUCCAGGGACGGCCGAAGAAAAGGCACGGGAGAAGGAAGAAAGACGUGUUGCACAGUCCAGUAGCGAGACCUAUCCGUUACCCGACAAUUUUCAAUACCGCCAAGAAGAGAUUCUUCUAAAGAUUCCUCUCAACUUCCAAAUGACUCGUAGAUCUGCAAUGAACCUUUUAUCAGGACUGAUGCCCGCAACAAUACAAGAAAGAGAUAGCCUACAUGAAUUGGAUGACGCAGUCCUUUUGGCGCUUUUUCUUGCACACGAACGCGGCGUAGGUAGAUAUUCUCGCUGGACUCCAUACAUUGCUUCUCUUCCGUCAAACCCAUCGUGCGGCUACUCAGAAGCAAUGCGACCGUACAUGCUAGACGCUAUUUAUGCACUGAGGGAAGAAAUUGGCGUUGAUGUACAAGGAUGGCCUACUGAGCUUGACAGAGCUAGCAAGUACGCGUAUCGAAUUGCUGAAGCAUUGAAUCUCCUUUAUGGCCCUCAUAUACAGUCGCCCAUGGCUGUAUCGUCAUUGCAGAACAUUCAAUGGGCUCUCUGUCAAGUUGCUUCGCGGGCUACGGCAGCGAAAGAAAAGUACGGAGGUCUGCGACUCGUUCCCAUGCUUGACUUGAUUAACCACGAUGAGAAUGCAGGAGAGUUCAUUGAACUGAAAGGAACAGAACGCGUGAAAGACCACCACUUCAUCGAUGCAACAGAGGACGAUACCGGUGCGUUCGUCGUUCGUAGUCUUCGGCAUGGACGAAGAAAGCCUUUAAAAAAAGGCCAAGAACUUUUGGCCAACUACAAUGUACCAGAUUAUUCCCCAUUAGAUUGGUUUGUCUCUCUUGGCUUUGUACCUCCGGAACGUUGGUCGCCGUGGGAGAAGAUCGAACCUGCUUUUCCUCGCGUUAGGCAGGAUGGACCUUUUGCAAAAGAGUCAAGCCCAACGUCUGACCUCUGGGACAAGCAUGGACCUGAGAUCUUGAAGAGCAUAAAAGACACAGAGCUGUGA